AUGUCUAGAAAUUCUAUCAACAACGCGCAAGAUAAGAAUAAGAAAGAUAAGGAGAAGGAGAAGAUCUCUGAGAACAAGAACAAAGAUUUCAUCAAGCCGGAUAGAAAGGGUAAUAAUGCUACUAAAAUGUGUUAUCAUUGUCAAAAGAUUGACCACAUUCAAAUGAAUUGCUGGUUGAAAUUUCCUGAAAAACACUCUACUAGCCGCGUCAAAUUG